UAUUUCCACAGUGGAUGAAGCGGUGCACUUGUCGGAGAGAUAACAACAUGUCCGCUCUGUCCUGCUGGACCGCACUACAGCUGAGGGCACACAACAUGAGGGCACUUCUUCACAAGAACUCCUCUGUUUGUCCAAACCAACUGUCCACACGACACAGCUCGGGACAGCCGAGGAGGAGGGUUGUGAUCACCGGUGUAGGGUUGGUGUGUCCCCUGGGCACAGGCACUGCUCUGCCCUGGGACCAUCUGAUCAAAGGCCACAGUGGGAUUGUUGCUCUGGACUCUGAGGAGUACAAGACAGUUCCCUGUAAAGUGGCCGCUCUGGUGACCAGAGGGACUGAAGAGGGUCAGUUUAACAUGGAAAGGUUUGCCUCUCGUGGGGAGAUCAACAGCAUGUCACCAGCUACUGUGAUGGCCCUGGGGGCUGCUCAGCUCGCCCUGGAGGACUCUGGCUGGUACCCCAAGUCCCCAGAGGAACAGCUCAGCACUGGGGUGGCUGUCGGAAUGGGCAUGGUGGCACUGGAGGAGAUUGCUCGCACCUCGGCUGCCUUCCAGGAAAAGGGCUACAACAGAGUGAGCCCCUUCUUUGUGCCCCGCAUCCUUGUCAACAUGGCUGCUGGGCACAUAAGCAUCAAACACAGAUUAAAGGGUCCCAAUCAUGCUGUGUCCACAGCAUGCGCCACAGGUGCACAUGCCAUAGGUGAUGCCGCCAGGUUCAUUGCUCAUGGGGAUGCGGAUGCUAUGGUUACAGGAGGAACAGAAUCCUGCAUAGGGCCUCUGUCAAUAGCUGGGUUUGCCAGGGCACGUGCCCUCGCCACCAAAUGGAAUGACAACCCUGUGCUGGCAUCGAGACCCUUCCACCCAGAGAGAGAGGGCUUUGUGAUGGGUGAAGGAGCUGCUGUGCUCCUGCUGGAGGAGCUGGGCCGUGCAAUGAAGAGGGGAGCCAGGAUCUACGCAGAGGUCCUGGGCUAUGGACUCUCAGGGGACGCCAGCCACAUCACUGCACCCACUGCAGAUGGGGAUGGGGCAUUCAGGUGCAUGUCUGCAGCACUCAGAGAUGCUGGCGUCUCCCCGGCAGAUGUGACAUACGUGAAUGCUCACGCCACGUCCACGCCACUGGGUGACGCGGCUGAAAAUGCAGCCCUCAAAAGGCUCUUCCAGCAAAGUGUCGAGAGCCUGGCCGUCUCCUCCACCAAAGGGGCUACUGGACAUCUGCUUGGGGCUGCGGGGGCUGUGGAGGCAGCCUUCACCGCUCUGGCCUGCCACCAUGGGGUCCUGCCCCCGACACUCAACCUGGAUCGCACUGAGCCAGAGUUUAACCUGAAUUAUGUUCCCUGCACAGCGCAGUCAUGGCGGACUCAGGGCCGACGGGUUGCGCUUACAAAUUCAUUUGGAUUUGGUGGCACCAACGCUUCACUGUGUCUCGCCAGCAUCUAAGGACACACUGAGACUUUAAUUAAUAGGAAAUUAAAUGUGUUCCUUUUCUUGAGCUCUGGUAUUAUGGAGUGUCAGUGACUGAAUAAUAAUAUAAAUAUAACUUUAUUUGUAUAGACCUUAUCUAAACAAUGUUACAAAGUGUUUCACACAACAAAAUCCAUGGCAAAAGAUGAAUGAACAAAAAUAAAAGGUAUUCAGUUCAAUUUCAGGGCCACAAUAAGGUCAAGACCUUAAAAGUUAUAGACAAACCCAACAGUUCCCAGUUCUGUUACAUUAUUCAUUAGUCCUGCCACUGGUAGUUUGUGGAAAACUCGUUGACUGAUGAGGAGAGUAAUGUGAAUUUAGAGAAAAUUCAAUUAAGUUCAGAUACUUUUUCCCCCUGAAAAUCCAAUGAAAAGCUUUAAAUUGCAAUGAUGACAAAUUCUAGGCAAAGCUUUGAAACAAUGUCAUGUUUUAAUUUUUGUGGUUCGUACCUUAUAUGUAGUGAACAUGAUUAAAAGCUCAUGUUAUAGAAUAA